GCACAUGACUUUGCCUUUACAAGCAUAGAGAUACACGCCCCAAAGAAAGUAGGCACAACUGCUUGAAAAAACGGGUCUCCCUUGAUCACGGAAACUCACAGAUGCAGCCACGAAUGAAUUCAGAAAGUGACUGAGCUUUCAAACCACCAAGAACAUCCAGUCCUAAAACAGAGCAGUCACUGACACUAAGAAGCUAAGUUCUAAACGCAACUAACAAGUCAAUUCUAGCGCGAAUCUUCAAGGAUUGCAACAAGAGGAAAUAUGCAUGUCGGAAUAGGUGCACGUUGCAAGCAUGAAAGAAUAGAGCAGAGACCACACCACACUUGUACACACACCAUCUGACGCCGAACCUAAGAGUAGCAAACACGCACCCAUCAAAGAAUGAAGACUUUAACGUUCAGAUGCACCCCUUUGCUAAUGAUGUUCCCCAUCAACUCCUCAAGCACAGCGGAAAACAGUUGUGUCAUUGGCCCACAAUUCCGUGGCAGCAAAAGACCCCGACACUCCAUGGAAAGGCCACAAGGUCUGAUGGGCGCCCAGUCAGCUCAUUGACACAAAUAUUUUACUUCCAGUCAUUCGGACACACCCCAGCCAUCAAAAAUCUGCAACACAAAGGGCCUGGGGGGUUGGAUAAGGUACAAAUGCUCAUAUACAAAAUGACUGCCAAUUACGCGGGAGUAUGUCUCAAGCACGCCUGAUCGCCCUGGAUCAGGCAACCCUGUCGGGCUGUUGAUACAGUAGAAUUCGGUCUUAACAACUCUCCUGCAAAGCGUGCUGGAUGGCACGCCCCUUAUUUAUCCUCUCCCAGUCACAAAACUCAUAAAUCAAAACCCAAGAUACGAUAACAGAACGCCUCGUGUGGCUUGGCAUGCAGCCGCCCUUAUCUAAAUCUUCUCAACUGUCUGAACACGAAGCGUUCCCAGGACCUUCUCAAAUUGCAAUAAUCACUGAUCAAACCCGCCCGGCGUCUGAAUUCAUGUCUGGAUUUGAGAUGGGGC